AUGCCACCACCGCCCCGGCUAACCCACGAUUUCUAUGCAGGUGGGACAAAAGGAUUUUGGAAAGUUGACAGUGGUCUGGGCCGGAAGUCUGGCACGGAGAAGGCUCCGGUCCCCACUCUCAUCCUAGAGCGGCCACGGAUGUCCUCCGGGCGGGGCCUCGGGCAGCUUCCGGCCCGGGCGUGCAGCGGUGGUGUGGGCUUUGUGGCCGCCCCGGGGCUGCGCGGCCGGGUGGGCUUGGCUUGGCUCCGCGCCGUCCUCUUGCCGCCGGGCUCCGGGUGUCUGCAGCCUCGCUUCCUUGGGGCCGAGCCCUGCGUCUUUUUCUCGCCGAGCUGGGUGUUGGUAGAUGCCUGGACCGGUCGCCCGAGGACAUGGAGGCCUCAAGGGUUGCACACUCAGCCUCGGCGCCUGCAGAUCAGGCCUCCGCUUGGCUGCUUGCAGGCUGGCUGCUCAGGUGAUGGAGCGCAGAGGGCUCAGGAACGCCACAGCCCAGCCCAGCCUCCACGGUGGAGGGAUCUGCAGGACCAGGGCAAGCCGGUGAAGGAGACAGGUGCACAACGAGUCAGGUGCACAGCAAGCGAAGGUCAGAGCUCCUGGGGGCUGCUGGGCGCACACUUCCGCUUUCCGCGGGCUUGUCUGGGGCUUGUCUGGCGCGCAUCAUUGAGUCGCGCUCCUAGAUUUGCCGGAAGCGGUUUCGGUCGCUGGCCUCUGGUCGCCCUGCUGCCGCGCCACCGGGCUUCGCGCCGAAGCCGACUGGACCCCGCGCAGCCCCUGCGGCCUUCAGAUGCGCCCACAUCUCGCUGCCGCUGCUCCCCGGGAGGCUGGACGCGAGCGCUGCUUCCGACGGGGCAGCGCUCCUCCCGGCGGGCUCACCGUGAGGACCCUCCGACAGACCUAUUUUCUCACCUGGAUCAGUGGGAUGAACCAUGGGUUGAAGACUGGGACAGACCUGAGUUUCUAGAAGCACAAAAAGGUGUCUGCCCAGGAGGCAGACAGUCCACAGAUCGUAAGAGAGCCCGUGUUCUGGCUUCAGCUCAUGAGAGGACCCAUCCACGGACAGGAGCCAAGAGGGGGGCUACCUUGAAGAAGAGUGUCCUGACCCUGGGUAAGGUGCGCCUCCCCAGAGCCACCUCUGGCGAGAAAGCGGACCACCAGGAAGCUUUCCAGAACCGGCCGUGUGGGAAAUCCUGCAGGAAGCAGCCGGGCCUGCAGGAGGAGGAGCCGUGCAGGGCUGCUGCGGAGGGACAGCCCUUCAUCUGCGGCACGUGUGGGAAGGCGCUGAGCUGCCACAGCCGCCUGGCUGCUCACCAGACGGUGCACACCGGGACCCGGUCCUUUGAGUGCUGUGAGUGUGGCCAGACCUUCCGCUGGGUGUCCAACCUCCCGCACCAGAGGAAUCACACCAGCGAGAAGCCCUUCUGCUGCGAGGUGUGCGGCCAGGCCUUCAGCCUGAAGGACCGCCUGGCCCAGCACCGCAAGGUCCACACGGAGCACCGGCCCUACGCCUGCGGGGACUGCGGCAAGGCCUUCAAGCAGAAGUCCAACCUGCUGCGCCACAGACUCGUGCACACCGGGGAGAGGCCCUUCUUCUGUGGCAGCUGCGGCAAGGCCUUCCGCACGAAGGAGAACCUGGGCCACCACCAGCGGAUCCACAGCGGGGAGAAGCCCUACACGUGCGGCGAGUGCGGCAAGGCCUUCCGGUGGCCCAAGGGCUUCAGCAUCCACCAGCGGCUGCACCUGACCAAGAGGUUCUACCAGUGCCAGCACUGUGGCAAGGGCUUCCGCCACCUGGGCUUCUUCACGCGCCACCAGAGAACUCACGGGCGCGGGGAGGUGUGAGGGGACCCGCAGGCAGCUGCUGGUCCUUCCCCCGGUUCUGGGGCUCCGGGCAAGCCUCGAAGCCCGU